AUGGACCAACGGACACUGUGGCUUCAGCUAAGACGAACCAUAGGCAAGCAGGUGGCACGUGCCAACAAAAGCAACAUUCGCCAUGUUUCGGUGAAGCUUUUCGAGUCGAAUUGUGUGAGAGGAAGAGGCAUAUUGGCACGAGCAAUCCUAGCUAAUGUGCUUACAGAGCCCGAGAAACACGCUGUGUUUGCGCUGUUGGUGUGUGUGCUUAACCUGAAGCUUCCUCAGAUUGGCGAGCUUGUGGGGGCUCGGACGGUGGCGCUUUGGAAGCAUUUGUAUAUGAAGAACGAUUGCACGAGGAUCUUUCGAGUGUUGCUCUUUUUGUGUGAGUUGGUGAAGCAACAGGUGGUGGAGGAUGUGGUGAUAUUGCAGAUUUUCCAGGUUUUGCUUGAAGAGUCUGUGACGGACGAUUCGGUGCAUUUGGCGUCGUAUGCUUUGGAGAACUUGCUGGCGUACUUGGAGAAGAACUCUCGGUCUCUGGCCAACUUGAUUUAUGAUAACUUGAGGAUGAUGCUCCAGGAGGGCGGGUUGGCUGAAAAACGCCGUAAGGAUAUUCAGUUUUUGCUUGAACACCGCCGGAACCGUCCUAAGCAUUUAAUUGACCCGGAUCUUAAUUUGGUGGAGGCUUCAGAGAAGGCUACGCACUAUGUGGACCUCACAGACCUUCAGGAACCGUAUACGGAUCUUAACUACUUCCAGGACGACCCAGAAUACGAGGUUGCCGAGGCUACGUAUAACCAGUUGAGACGCCAGAUUCUUGCUGAAGAGGUCAGACAAGAGAGACCCAACGAGAAGGUGGAACAUCCACAGAAAACCACCGAUAUGACCGACAAAACGCUUUUGAAGCACCAGAAGACUAUCUACUUGACGGUGAUGUCCAGUAUGUCUGCCGAAGAAGCCGUGCACAAGCUUCUUAGAGUGAGACACAAGCAACAACUCGAGCAGGGCGUGCUUGUGGAUAUGAUUGUCAAGUGUUGCGCCCAGGAGAAGACCUACUCCAAGUACUUUGGUAUAAUUGGCGAGAAAAUGAGCGGCAUGAGCGAAGCAUGGAAUCAGACAUUUACCAAAGAUUUCCAGCAGAAAUACGAUACUUCGUACCAGUACGAAGGGUCCCAGCUUCGAAACAUGGGUAAAUUCUUUGGCCAUAUGAUAGCAUCUGAUAACUUGCGCCCUCAAGACACUUUGGGGUACAUUGAAUUGACUGAAACUGCCACCAACAGUGCCAGCAGAGUGUUCAUCAAGUUUCUCUUCCAAGAGCUUGUUGAAGAGAUGGGUAUCAACGAAGUGAAGCGUAUUAUCCAGGACCCAGAAGUGAAACCCACUCUUCGUGGAUUGUUCCCAGUUGUUCAAGUUGACGAGUCUGAUUCGGCCCAUAUCAUGUUCUCCAUUAACUAUUUCACCGCCAUUGGAUUGGGUGUUUUGACAGAAGAGAUGAGACAGGUGCUCAAGAACUUGCCAGAGCCACGCGGCCGUGGCAGAAGCAGCGAUUCAGGGUCUGAGUCUGGUUCUUACUCGGAGUCUGGAUCCUACAGCAGGUCUGAAUCGUAUUCGAGGUCGCCAUCGAGAAGUCGAUCCGCCAGUCGAUCCAGAAGCCCACGUCAGGACUCACGGAGUCCAUCAAGGGAGUUGCCCCAGGGUGACUAG